UUUUGGGACCACUUUCAAUGCAUGGGCGGAAUAGGACGCUAAACAUACGAGUCGGUGACCAGGCAUUGUGUGCGGCGCCAGCGGCGCCGGCGCCAAAAAAGUAAAAAGAAAUAGUGUGAGCAGAAGCGGCAGAAGCGUCGGAAAUCGACGCGUUUUUUUUUAGCUUGGAAGGUAGUAGGGUUGCGCCCAGUACAGUAUUAUGAAAGGAUUCAUUAUUUUCGACUCUUUAAAUGAUGUUGUAUAUAAGCAUUUAGACGGAGACCUCGUCAAGCACAUUGUCGAAGUAUGCAUUAAAAACGGGUUGCUGGAGGAAACUUCAAGAGAAAUUGAAGACUCUUCGAACGUGGUCACCAACGAUGUCCUUGUACAGUUGUUUUCGCCACUGGUCACGUCUCAGCGUGUGAUGAAAGAGCGAAUACAUACUGCGUACAGCAGCAUCUACUGCAAGGACCAGACACUUUGCGUGUUCACCGAGUUCUUUGGCUGCACCGUUUUGGGCAUAAACUCGGAGAAAGAGGACGCUGAAGCCACGUGUCGCAAACGGCUGAAAGUAUUUCUGUGCUUGGUUCAAAGGCUCUACGGGCCUGCUCUCGACGAGCUGAGGUAUAACAGUGCCAAUGGAGAUAAGAGGGCUGUCUUGCUGGGAAGGCUCAUAGAAGCCUACAAUGACUUGAGGCAAAGCGACCAAAUGUUUUUGUUUGAGGCACUGGAACGUGUUAUUGUGAAUGCAGAUAUUGCCUCCACGUGCAGCAACUUGCUGCAAGAAGUGCUGGAGACGUUUCGGCGUUUUAGCCCUAAAGGUGAAAUGGCCUGCCAUUCGUACCUGUUGCUGAACAACAAGCUUGUUGCAACCUAUUCAAGCCGAAAUUCUACACUCUUGUCGCAGGCUGACCUACUGGUACUGUUCCUCACAUUACGAGUGGUACAUGAACAGGAUGGUGGUGACACAUGCAGAGAGCCCACAAGCGGGGGCUUGCACAGCCUGCUGCUGUUCUUUGCCACCAGCCUCCACUCGGCCAUGCCUUUCGUCACCCACUCCCUUCGAGUCACCGAGAGCAUCAUGCUGGUCGUGGUUAGCGAGGUGAACAAGGUGCUGCUGGCUGACAAUUUGUUCAGCCUGAUGAAACAGAUGCAGUCGAUUCAGCAGAACCCGGAGGAAGGUCGCUGUCGGCUGACAGUAGAUGUCCUGGAGAGUGCCAUCAACCGGCUUAUGGACACCUCCCGGAGAGCCGAGCUGAAGAGUGAUCAGGAAAUGAGUAUCAGCCUCGUUUCCAAGAAGUGGACAUACCUAAAGAUGUCUGGCUUUGUGGAAUAUUUGUCCGGGCCAGAAAAUGCAGAGCUGGCAUCCAGAUCUGAAGAAGCACUGCUACUGCUCAAGAAAGCGCUGCAGGCGGCCUUUGAAGAGCUCGUCCUCAAGCCAGAGAUUGCUCGUGAAACAGAACCCCGGCCCAGACUGGUCGAGUCCCUCGAACUCGUCAAAACUCUAGUUGAGAAGAGACUCGAGGACUACAUGGACUUUCUGCUGGUCAAGGCAGAUGAGGACCUGAGUAUAAGCUCAUUCUCUUUGCAGUACCCGGGGUUGCUUCAUUUUUCUUACAUAAACAGGAGCAGCAACCAAAUGAUAGCACCACGCAUUGCUUCGGAGGAACUACGGGACAAGGUCUGGAAAGGAUGGGACUUUGCCCAAAAGUACGCCCACGAAGGCUCGUUCACCACCAUGUGGGCCGAAGGGGAGCUCCAGUUCUCCUACAUCCUGUGGUUUGAAAACCUGGCGGGCAAGACGGUCAAGCCCAAGUGCGCCGUGGACCCCAGCAGCCUGCGGCGGAUGUCCUACCCGGGCGCCAUGGUGGGCAACUUCUACGGGCAGCUGAUGCGGUACUGCUUUCCGGAUGUCUCCCUGGACCAACUGUCCUGCCUGGAGCUGGUGUGCGUGCACUCCGAGACCGUGCUUUCCGGCACCAUCCUCGAUCAACUUCAUCGGCUCUCCUCUUCCCUCGGCCACCUCUGCCAGCCUGCAGCACUCAGCUGAUGGAAAGUGGUUCCUUGGAUGCCAUCAGUCAAUCAGCUCAACGUAGUUGGCCGGGAAGAGACCGUAGGUUCCGUUGGGUCCCAGGCCUUGCCACCAGCCCUCGUCGAUUUGCUCAAUGUGCGUGAUGACGUCGUCUGGAUCAAACGAGAUCUCCGUGUCGUCGGCUGGACCGAAAGGCAGACCAAGGCGACCAAUUAACUUCCAGGCAAGCGCCGCGGUAAAACACCCUACGACAUUCCAAAUAGACUGUUUGCAUUCGCUC